AUGGAUAUCCUUCUUAUGACGGUUCUUCGCCUUUCUACUAAAUUGGUCGUUCAAUUCAAAGUUGAUCAUAUCUCUUCUUCAGAAUCUUUCCUUCCGAUCAAACGUAGCCCCUGUCUUCAUCCAAGGGCUUCCAUUCAUCUUAUGACUAUUAUUUUUAAGCUACUUGCUUCAGAUACUCUUCAGGCCCACCAGCCAUUGCAUUCACAUACUCGUGUACAUAGCAGUUCUGAUUGCACUCAUCCUGCUUUGUCUGAUGAGGGAGUAAAUUUGAUUCAGAACUGGUUGAUGAAUCCCACAGACCAAAAUAUCGAUGGCGCAUCCCAUGAAUCUGGCCUACAUCACUGUCUAGUUGGACUCAUUGACCUUUGGCUGCCACUUAGUAGACCAGAAGCUGCAGCCCUGGCCCGCGAACCCGAGGCUUGCCUUUCUCUGGGUGGUGCCUCAAUAGACUCGCUUCCUUCUAUGUCCGCUGCGGCCUCAGAUGAGUCAAAGUCUUUUCGGCGACAAUUCACUUUUUCUACGAUCUGGGAUGUCGAUGUCUCUCUGCGCGAAAUGGCGGCAGGAGGCUGCGCUUUUACGCAUCCUCCUGUUAGUGGACUCUGGGAUUGUCCGAUCGGUUCCGGGCUCUCAAAAGCAGGACUAGCUGGCUAUGACCUAGAUGUUGGUGGUUGGAAUGCCGAGGGGUUCUCUUGUCGACAGGUGGUGGAGACAAUAAUCAUCCAGUUGGCUGUAUUUCUGCCCGAGGCUGUUUUAGAAGUUUGCAGGCCCUUGAUCCAAGUAGUUAUUUAA